CGGAAGUAUCAAUAUAAACAGUAUGGCGGCUAACAGCAAACUUUUGAACUAAGUAAUGUGUUUAUUCGGUAGUUUAUACGAUUAUUAAGCAACAAUAUUCCUAAACAUCCGUGAUUCUGAAAAUUUUUAUGAUAAGAGCCAGCAAUUUUGUGGAAAAUUAUGAAUUCUGAUGAUGAAUCUAGACAAAGGGAUGUUGGUUUUGCAGACAGAGAUGAGUCACAGCAGAGUGAAGAUAUUCUCAGAUUUCAAGAUGGCUCAUACCAGUUUUCAUACGGAAAGGGUGGCAAGCCAGACAUGUCUUUCUCGCUGGACCACUCUCAGGACUGGAAGAUGGCUGCCAUGUCACCAGGACCAGAGGAUUCUGGGAGGUUACGGAUAGAAAAUAACCAGUUAAAACUUCAGCUUAAACAAAUAACAGCAGAUCUACAGACUGAACAAGAUACUGUAUCAAACCUACGUAAGAGAUUAAAUACAGUAGAGAGGGACAGACUGGAGGCUGCAACUAAAGCAAAUAAAGAGGUGUCCGAGUUAGAAAGUCAGAUAGCAAAGUUGCGUGCCAGUUUGGAGAAAGGGGAGGCAUCAAGGGCCAAUAUGGAGUUUGAACUGGCUCGAACGAAACGUGACUUAGCUCAGCAGAAACAUACGGCAGCUGGCAGGGAAACAUCCUUGGAGGAAACAAGUCAACAACUUAAACAGAAGCUUACAGAGUAUGGAGAUGAAAUAAAACGUUUGGAGGAAGGUCUGCAGCAGUCCCGUGAUAGUUUGGAGGAAAGAGAAAGGCAACUUAAAAGAGAGAUAGAACUUAAGGAUCUGGAGCUAUCAAAGAAUUCAGCAGAACAUGAGGUUCUACAAUCAGAAAAGGAUAAAUUAGGUAGUUUGGUACAGCAACAAGAAAAUGCCAUCUCUGAUUUGAAUGAGAAAUUGCAAGAUUUAGAAAGUGAGAAAAAACAUCAUGGUGACAACCUACGUAGGACAGGCACUGAACUGGAAUAUUGUAAAGAAAGGGAGGACAGGGCAAAGAAAGAUCUAGAGACAGCGUUGCAGCGUCUACGGGCCACUGAAGAGAGUAUAGAGUCAGAGAGAGCGGCUCAUCUUGAGACAAAGUUUAACUCCGAGAUUGUUCAGUUGAGGGUACGAGAUCUGGAAGGAGCGUUUGACGUAGAGAAGUCUGCAAAUAAUGAAGCAAAUAAAGCCAUUGACAGAUUAACUAAACAAAUUAAGGAACUUGAGACGUCUUAUGAAGAUGAAAGAAGAACAAAUAAACAGCUGACAGAAAGAUUAGGAAAGUUGGAGAAAGAGCAUAGUUCUGUGAAGAAACAGCUAACCAAUGAGGUAGAAAAUAAGAAAUCAACUAUUGGAAGUCUUUCUAAGGAAUUAGAAGUACAUCAGAAAAACUUCCUCGAACUAAAAGAAGAACUUUCAAAGGCAAGAAAGCGGCAGAUUUACCUGGAAGAAACGUAUGGUGGCAGUAUGAGAGAACUAGAACUGUUAUUACAGAACUUCCAGAUCUCAGGAGAAAGUAAACAGAAAAAAAAUACACAACAAAAAGGUAAAGAAAGUAAAGGCAGUAAGACACCGGCACCAUCUGUAGUGUUGGAGAAUCUACGACUUACACUCUCUGACUACAGGAAACGUCUCGACAAUACUUCAGAAGAGCUUACAAAGAUGAAGAAAUCUAGUACAGCAUUGAACAAAGAGAUAGAACAAUGUAAGGAAAUGAUUUGGGCCAAAGACAAGGCCCUGGAAGAUGCACAGAAGAGCUAUACACGCACGGCAAAGGAGUUGAACCGAGUGAGGUCAGAGUAUGGAGAACUUGAGACAUUGUUAACACGUCUGAAAGUUGAUAUGCAGAGUACAGCCACCAAUCAGAGUAAAGAUAGAACCAGGAUUCAAGAACUGUCAGAAGAGAUUAUGAAGCUGGUGAAGAAACAUAAGAAUGAUGAGGAGGAGAAGCUGGCAUUUUUGCAUGGUUUAUACCAGAGACUGUUGUCUGGUAAAAUUGUUGUACCGACCAAGGAGAAGACAUUUAACCAGUUCUCCUGGCAUGAUCUGACCAACAUGGUAUAUGACCAAGUAGCUACACUACUCAAUAACCUACAGAAUGCUGAAGAAAAGAUAUCCCACUUGGAAGAUGCAUUAAGGAGCAGAGAGGAGGGAUGGAAGGAGGAACAUAUAUCACGUGAGGAUCAGUUAAAUAAACUGUCCACUUUAACCAAGGAGAGGGAAAUGUCCUGGCACAAACAGAAACAGGAAAUGGAGGAACAUUAUCAACAGUUACUGAAUGAAAUGCAGGCCAGAAUCAAGAAGAGUCAGAGUGUAGCAGACCAGGCAUGGGAGAAGAUUCGAGUGACAGGAGGGGUGCAGCAGGGACUUGAGUCUGAGUGUGCUGAACUCCAGGGCAGACUUGCAGACAUGAAGAAAGAGAACUCGUCUCUUCUUGCCUCAUGCUCUCUGCUCAUUGGUGCUUUCUAUCCCUUAUGCUCGCGUUCAAACUUCCUUGCAAUGCAGCGUAGGAUUAUGGAGGAUCAGUUGAAUAAUUGGGAUGUUUGUCGAGAAAGAGUUGAACUUUUAGUCCAUACGCUAACAUCUGAAAUGAACAAAACAAACGGAAAGCAGAAAGAAACUGCCCCCACAAAACGAAAUCCAAUUCUAGUGUUUAGAACAGGUGCCAUUGCUGUGCUAGCUGCUAACAGAUUAAAAAGAUUAGGGCGAUCAUGCGUGAGAACGUUUGUUACCCAUGAUUCGGCAACCGGACAGAAUAAUAUCCUGGUAUGUACGGGCAGCACCGAUGUUCCAGUUAGGGAUGAUGAAGAGGAAAGGUACCGUGAUCGACAAGGACCAGGGGAGACUGGACUGUUGCACUGGCUGACCAGCUCAGAGCUCCUGCACACCCUUACCUCCAGCACCAGUGAACUCAUGGAAACAAUCAAUCAGGUGAAAGGAAGAGACAAAGUGGGCACAGUAGAAACCAGAGCCAUUGUAAAUGCUGCCAGGAACUCUUUUACUCGCUUGUUUGAUCGACUUGGUCGCUACUAUGAAAAUGUGUCAAUACGCCCAGAUGUAGGCUUUAGAGAAAGGAAUUCUCUAGUGAGAUUACUUGGUCGUGGACUUAGCAAGGUGAUUAGGACUGCGUCUGGGGAUGAAAUAGCCCCAUCUUCUCCACAGGAGCUGAUGAUAUCCCUGCAGACACAUAUCUUAGAGUUUACUCAAAGGUUACACACCGUGGAGGUGGAGAGGCGAUCAUUGCUACAGGAAGUUAGCAGGCUGCAGGAGGAGGUAGAGAGGCUCGGACCUGAAAAGGAAGAACUGGUUACAGAGGGCAAUGAUAUAGCUGUAACACAGCAGGGUAACAAAUAUGUACCCAUUGAGAAGUUUGAGAGUGUGUGUAAUGAGUUAAACAAUGCCCUGAGGAGAGAGGAGCAAGCACAGAAUCUGCUGCAGGAGCAGGCUAGACAGCUUGAGGAACUGUCAGCCAGGAUGGAUAUCUUCUCCUCAGAGGGCAUGGAGAAAGAACAGACACUGUCGGAAGCCAUACAGGGUCUUGCUGAAACCAAGUUAGAACUGAGGCGUAAAGAACAGACAGUAAGACAGGUGAACAAACAGCUUGCAGCACUGGAAGGAGAGAAGGAAUCAUUGCGCAAUAAUUUACAAGAUGCAGAGAAAGCUCUCAGGACUGUUGCCAAAGAUAAGGAUAUACUGACUUCCUAUAUCCAGGCAGUGGAAAAUGCACUUGUUAGAACGAAACAUGAAGUUGGGCUGAAAAGUGGUAAAGAUGUAUCACUGUCCAAACUGUUGCUCAAUGCUGACUUCAUACCAAAAGAUGUGGGCAAGGCAGGGCCAGAACUCAUCGCAUGUCAGAAUCUUGUUGGAGCAUUUGUUGAUACUCAGCACCAUUUAGUAAGCAAGAUGAGAUCUUUGGAGGAGGAGAUGGAGAACAACAGGCGACAUGUGACAUUAUUGAAGCAGGAGCUGAAUGAUGCUGUACGCAGGGAACAUGAACAGUUUGAGUUCUCCCGACCCACCAAAGAUAGAGUCUUCAGUGGAGAUAGAAUCAUUGAGGAAGAAUUUAAUGAAAAUGACUUUACACAGAGAGAAUUUAUGCCAUUGAGGGAAGAUUCUGAGCUUUCUUUCAACUCGACCAAAAAUAGAUCUCGAGUAUCAGCCUCACCAAAGAAGGGAGAUAGAUCAAGCCAGUAUGCAACACCACACAAAUCUCGUCAUAAAUUGAAGGCAGCACAGAGGUAAUAUACCACAACCACAUUACAGUGACAGAGAUGAAAGGAUUGUUAGAAACAUACAACUGGGAUUAUGUGUACAAUUUGCUGAUGCCGUCCAUUGUCUGUUUUCAUGUAAACUGGGUAUUGUUUUCAGUAUUGGUUGAAACUUACUUUGUAAUUGAAAUAGAACUAGUGAACUAGUUAUUUUUAUACAACUAUGCAAUAUUGGACACAAUAUUAGAAAAAUUGUACAUAACAUGCGAAACUGCUUGAGCCAGUACCAAGGUCAACUAAGUUAAUAUUAGUAAAUUAAAAUCAGGUCAAACAUGAGAAAACUGAGCCAGUAUAGGAUUCAUGCAUUUUGAUUUGUUAAGAUUAUGUGGCAUAUGAAGUUGAAUAAUAAAAUUAUCAUUAACCAGAUCAUUUCAUAUGAAUUUAUUAUUUGUCCUCUGGCAGUCAUAUUGGUCCCAGACCUUCAGCUAAUACAACCAACCUUGGAUAGAUAACAAGGCCAAUAUAAGAUCAUUUGAUUAAUAACAUUAUAUUAUGGAAUUUGACUGCUUUUUAUUAAUUCGUCAAAAAAUUGUUACAGAGUUAUCUUUCCAUAAUUUUUUACUUGGAGUUGUCCACUUUUAAUGCAUUAUGUUGUUUUUGGCAAGCUAAACAUUUGAACAUUUUAUGACAAAACGUAACAAGCAGUUUCAUUUGUAUGCCAUUGCUCUAUCGUCAAAGUGUUAGAUUGAUGACAAUCAAGUACGAGGAUUAAGCAUUACAUUACAUUACAAGUUACAUCGCUAUAGUAGACUUGUGCUUUUUUGUUAGCUCCACAUAUUUUUGGUCAGCUCAUUUGGCAUCUUAAGCCUUUUGAUUUUACAUUUUACAGAAACUUGGUGUAAAUGUUCAGAACAGAAAAUCUUUUAUGGCAAUGUAAAAUUAUUCAGUAGCCCUGGGCUACCUUGGUGCAUUUGUAUAUUGGUGAGCAGAAGAGUAACAAAUAAUUUUAAUUUUUAUGGGCUCCAAAUACCUUUUAGAAAACUACCUGUCAGUUUAUAGAAGCAGGCAUACCGUAUCUUUAAAAGAAUUACUAACUGAGCCGCGCCAUGAGAAAACCAACAUAGUGGCUUUGCGACCAGCAUGGAUCCAGACCAGCCUGCGCAUCCGCGCAGUCUGGUCAGGAUCCAUGCUGUUCGCUAACAGUUUCUCCAAUUCCAAUAGGCUUUAAAAGCGAACAGCAUGAAGCCUGACCAGACUGCGCGGAUGCGCAGGCUGGUCUGGAUCCAUGCUGGUCGCAAAGCCACUAUGUUGGUUUUCCCAUGGCACGGCUCAACUGUUUGUUUUUCAUGUCCAGUGUGCUACAGUUUUAAAAUCAUAUGUAAAUUAUGUGUAUUAUUUAUUUUCUAAAGCUUGUUGAGCAUUCGUCUCAAACAAAAAUUACUUUUAUUUUUACAAGCAUGUCUGUGAUCAAUUUACUGUAUAUAUACUGCCAUUAUCAGAGAAAUUAUGUUAUCUUUUUAACUUACUAUAAAUAGUAACAAUUUGUAUAGAGCCUCAUAACUGGAAGAGUGCACAGAAAACUGAUUUUGAAACGCUGUGGAUCCAUGAGGUCAUUUUUGACAUUUUCAUUCCACUUGAUUGUGUUGUCACAUUACUAAGUAAAAAGUUUGUUGAUGUCAACACUUUAUGAAAUUAAAUAGUAUCUACUUGUUAUUCCAUAUAGGUACAUUUGUAUAUUGAUGAGCAGAAGAGUAGCAAGUAAUUAAUCAACUUAUCAAAUGAAAAUUAUGUGCCUUAUGCAGUUACUAGCAUAUCUAAGCCUAUAUUGGCACUCUGGAUAUGCACUUACGCAAAUAAAAGUUUAUUUUUGCCAGUUACUUGAAGCUUCUCUGAAGAGAUUGCAGGAGUAGAAAAGUGGUUUAUUCAAAUAAGAUAGUCAACAUUUUUUACAGCUUUAAAAUGUAUUCAGAAUAUGUAUAUACUUUCUUGAUAUCCUGGUUUCCAGGUAAAUAUGAUUUUUAACGUCAGACUGUUUUGUCAAAAUUUGACAAAAAUUCAAUUGUUAAGAUUGCUAAAGAAAAAUAAAACCUGGAUAGCGUCAGGUCUCAAGGAGAUAAGCAAAAUUUUAGAGUUAUACUGGGUUUCUAGCAAUCCAAACACGGGAAUUAUUAGGAAAACGGCCAUGGUGAACAUGCAUUGCUCGAGUUAGUCCUGGUGUUUGAGCCAUUGAUGCUUUCAAGAGCAAGCGAUGUUUUGCUGUGGGUCAAAAAAUGUUUUACAAGUCUGUGGUACAUGUAUUGUUACUAAAGUAUGUUCAGUUUUGCAUUUUGUUAAUUUUACUCACUGGAUUUAGAAAUAGUGAUGGUAACAUAUUUUACACAGAAUUGUGUUAGUAUUGGUCACCAUGUUUCGUUUAAUUGAUCUUUGAUAGAAAAUUCUCAUUUUAGUGAUUUUUUAUAUCUUUUCCCAGAAGUCAUUUUGCAUGAUCAUAUUUUUAUUACCUAGACUCGAAAAAUUGACAGUAUUUAAUGUAAUUGAUAGAUGAGAUUUUGUUGUACAGGGUGGUGGUAGGGGAAACUUGAAAGAAAGUAAUAUAAAUCUUACAGGUUUCCGAUGGUUUACUUUAUCUAAUGGUAUCACAUAUUUUCUUACACACUGGGAUUGUUGAAUGAAACUAGAAAAAAGGAGUAAAUUUACCUUCAAGAACAGAAAUAAACAGAAUAAAGAGUUAUUUACAGAUUUUUUAUUUCGGAAGUAGAUAAAAUCUUACGGGUUGAUUUUCCGAGCAAGAAGUUUCCCCUGCUUGGUAGGGAGGGGGUAUUUUAUGCAAUAUUCAAAUGUUUGAUACUGACAGCUAUGAGUCUUGCCAGUAGUAAACACUAAUAUUUCUCUAUCACCUGUUGUUUUUUCAGCUCACCUAAAUCUAAUGCCUGGCAGCAAUUUGUCCAUUCAUCAAAAACAUGCUUUACUCAUUUUGUUUACAAAUUUUAAUACAAUGUAGAACUUAAUAAUAUAUGGAAAAGGUGAUAUUGUCUUAAGGUUUAGUAGUCAAUUCUAAAUUUCCAUUGGUUAUCUGAAAUUGUGAACAAGAUGAUAUCAGAAUAUCAUGAUGUCAUGGCUAGAGUUCAAAACAUGUUUUUUCAUUUCACCAUUUGGUCUUACCUUCUUGUACUGUAAGAAUUUAUUGUAUAUUUUUUUGCAGUUUUCCUAACAUAGAAUUUUAAAUUUGCAGUCUUUCUAAAACUUUGUUACAGAUAUAUUUUAUGUUUGUGUUUCAUAUAUUAGGUACAGUCAUUAUAUGUUUUAACUGUAGAGAAUGGUGACUCAGUCACAUUCUAUAUGAACUGAUGCCAACAACAAUUUUCAUUCAACAAUAAUGAAAAAAGUAUGUUUCUUACAAGUUAAUGAACAAUACAUCAAAAAAUUUAAAGUACCCAGUAAUCAAGAAUUUUUUUCCAGUAAUUUAUCAAAAUGAAUUGAAGUAGUGUGAAAAGCAAUUAAAAUUCCAUGUUCUUGUGGUUAUUAUUUUGUGAAAAGUAAUAAUUAAUACCAUUUUGGAUUCAAUGCAAUGGCAAUUUUGUUAAAAAUCAAUUGAUUUGACUUGUUUCAAAUAGAUUAUAUUAUUUUCUUUUAUUCAGCACAAUAUUAAGGUAUUAGAGAUAAAAUUUAGAAUUUAAUCUAGCAGUAGUUUUGUCAAGACUGGUAAUUAAGUAUAGUUCACAGAUUCCUACUUUGUAACUCUUGAAGAUACCUCCAGGGAAAUUGGUGUAUUGUCAGGGAAUUUUGAAAAUUGGUCACUGUCAUUGAAAACGAAAUUCAAAAAAAGUUCAAGAAGGACAAAGAUUUUAAGUUUUAAAUCCUGUUUUGAAUAAAAGAAUUGGCUUGCUUUACUUGCAAUAGUUAGGAAUAUUCAGUUUAUUAUACUAUACAACACAGUGCAGAGUAUGCUAGCAUUGUCAGGCCUCCAAAAAUUAACAUUUUUUGACCAGAAUUUUUAAUGUGUGUUUGAAUUGAAAUAGCUUGUGUAACCAGUAAUGUUGGUACUUGCAAAAUAAAAGAAACAUUUCCGACAAUUGUAAGGUUAAUUUGAUGUUUCAUGAAAACUAGGCUGAAUUGGAAUAAAUAGUUGGCUACAUUCCGGAAGAUAGUUUUUUUUAUUGCAUUUAAACCAGUCAUUUAUUCUAUUUAUUUUGUUUACAUAUAUCAAAUAUAUACAUUUUGUAUUUGCGUAUUUUGUAAUAAAAUUGUUUGAAAUGUG